AGCCCACAGAGAGUUGCGUCGGCCAUUGACAUCACAUCUACUAAUCUACCCCUCCGCCGUCGGAUCAACUCCCCCUCGCCCUCCUCGCCGCCGUCGCCUCGCCGAUGGGUUUCCUCCGCCGGAUCGCCGGCAUCUUCGGCAUCUCCAGGGACGACGCCGACCACCACCACCCCCACCACGACGGCGCCGGCGCCGCGGGGGACUCCGCCUCCGCCGCCGAAGUCCCGCCGGAUAAGGUCGCGGCGGCCGCGGCGGCUGCCGGGAACGUGCAGAGGCGGGGGUUCAGCGUCCAGGUGCCCGUCCCCGUCGAGCGGCCGGGGCCCGGGCCGGUGCUCGUGCCCUGCCCCCAGGGCGAAGGCGGCGUCCAGGGUUUUAGGUGGUAUACAAGGAAGCUAAGGAUUGAUGAAGAUGGUGAUGUCGCAGAUGAGUUCUUGGAUGAAGUUGUUCCAGAAAACUCGAUCAACAAUGAUGUAGCUCCAGCUGGAAGGUUUCAAGUGAAAUAUAAUACAAAACCAGCUGCUCUAGCAAUGAGAAAGCAAAUAUCCGUCAUGGAUGGCGAUAUCCGUCAUUCCUUGGAGUACCAAGGGCGACUGCGUUGGGUGUGACUGUCUUGUGAGCUUGAGUGUGCCGUUGCCUCAAGAACUGUCGAUUACUCCUUUAGGCCAAAGGAUCACAAGAAUUUGAGGUGCAAAUUUACCUUGGAGCCUACAUUAGUGUAUCUGUGGAGUUCAUGGUUAAUGCAUCAUUCUUAAAUUUCAAGUGUUUUGGGAUGCCUGGUUUGGUUCCUUUGUACCACUAGUAGUACUUGUACAUUGUUGGACUGAACAAUGACAGGAGUAAACAAGCUACUGCUAGAACAGUAGAAAGGGAAUGUGUAUUUGCAAAUAGAGCCACUGAAUCUUUGAUCAAGCUAUUCUGCAUUACACGAAGUAACAGAUUGAUGGUUGUAA